AUGUCUGAAACUGACAAUCCUGUUAAAGUGAUGGAUGCUCAAAAUUCCCAACAAGGUGAACAGCAACAAAGCCAUGAACAAAACCAAAACACCGACCAAUCCACGCAAAAACGUAAUCGUCAGCAAAAGAAGAAUGCAUAUGCUCCAAAGAGAGGCCCAAUAAUGGAUUUGAAACCUAUAUUAAACAAGCAGGUUAGCGUGAAAAUUGCAUCUGGUAGACAAGUUCAGGGCACCCUCACAGGUUAUGAUCAAUUGAUGAAUAUUGUCAUUGAGAAUGCUGAAGUUACAACUCCUGAGUACAUCUCAGAGGGCGAAGCACAAGUUGAGAAAUUGGAUAAAGUGGUUAUUAUUGGUAGAUUAAUUGUGGCGUUUGAGCCUUUAGAUGGUUUUGAGAUAAUCAACACCAAGGGGGAGCAUUUCGACUUCGUAAUUUGA